GCGCGCGCCGGCGGCGGCGGAGGCCCCCGCGCACGUGUCUCCAGGGCGACGGCGGCGCCAUGAGGCGGCCGAACGUGCUGAUCACCGGCACUCCGGGCGUUGGGAAAACCACGCUGGGAAAGGAACUGGCAUCCAGAGCAGGGCUGAGCUACGUCAACGUGGGGGACCUGGCCAAGGAAGGGGAGCUGUACGAGGGCUUUGACCAGGAGUACGACUGCCCCAUCCUGGACGAAGACAGGGUGAUCGACGAGCUGGAGGCCAGGAUGAGUGAGGGCGGGGUGGUGGUGGAUUACCACGGCUGCGACUUCUUCCCCGAGCGCUGGUUCCACAUCGUGUUCGUGCUGCGCACGGACAACUCCUUCCUCUACGACAGGCUGGAGAGCAGGGGCUACACGGGGAAAAAGCUGCAAGACAACAUCCAGUGUGAGAUUUUUCAGACUCUUUACGAAGAAGCUAUGGAGUCAUACAAAAAGGAAAUUGUGCACCAGUUACCCAGCAACACCCCAGAGGACCUGGAGAGAAACUUGGAUCAGAUUAUGCAAUGGAUUGAGCAGUGGAUGAAGGACAACAACUGACUCUGGGUGGAACGGUGACUGCUGGAUCUCUUCCUGGGAGGGUUCAAUAAAUGACAUUCAUUUUGUAUCAGUUAACAUGAAUUUUACUGUAACUGGACAUGGUUGGGGAGUAGAAGGUUUAGAACAGCCAAGUUUGUGAGUGUUUGGAACAGCCUCUGAAGCACCCUGGGAGAGACACACAGGAGGACCCACACAAGGGAAUGGAAGGAUGGAAACGACACCAUAUUUCUCAGUAGAGGAGCUGUGUUCAAUAAUUGAGAACUCUUUGGGCCUCACAGUUAAAACCAAACUGUGAACUCACCCCAGAAAAACUGUAAAAUGCUGAUAACUGGUGGCACUUUGGAUUUCUGGAGGGUGCAACAGUGUCCUGAAAAGGGGUUAAUCUAAAGCUGAGUUGUGAGACUGGAAACUGCUGUGCCCCACUGUGUCCUUGGGUGUGAGGCUAAUGCAGAAUGAGGGGUUGGUUCAGGUUAAGGGAGGAAGUGACAUGGUAACAGUUAUUUUAAAAUUCACAGAACUCUGGGAAUUCCUUCAUGGGUGAGGACACAUGGGCUGUGUCUGCACUGGUGUGGGAUGCUGAGCAAUAAAGAGCAAUAAGCUUUCUUUUC